GUUUAACAUUGAAGGGAAGGAAAUCAGGAAGAGAAGCGGCAAUCCCCGUCGCCGCCGCUCCGCGCCCGUUAUUAUAAAUAUAACAGUACGCAAAAACCAGGACUCCGGAAACUAGGGUUUUUAAAGAAUCACUAGAUGGAGAAGAGCGCCUCUUUUUUGUUCGCUGGGGCCAAUUUCAAUAAGAAGAAGUUCGCCAGCGAUUUCGACAGGUUCAAGGAGAAGAAAGAGGCAGGUAAUUUAGCUGAUGAUCGUGAACCAGAGGAAGUGUUGGUGUCUGCCAAGAAGAGGAAGCGGAAGGCAAGGGGUUCAGACAUGAUUGGGAGAUUGAGGUCCAAAAAAGCUAGAAAGGGUCUGCAUAUUGUCAAGGAUAAUGAUGAGUCAUCCAAAAGGAAGAAGGAACUAAAUAGGCAAAUUGAGCGGGAUGCGGUCUUCCGGAAGAAGCAUAAGAUUCAUGUGUCUGGGAAUGAUGUGGCAUCCCCUCUUAAAAAUUUUGCAGAGCUAAGCUCAAGAUAUGGAUGUGAAUCAUAUUUAUUACAGAAUAUAGCGGACCUUGGAUUUAAAGAACCAACACCAAUUCAAAGGCAGGCUAUUCCAGUCCUCCUCUCUGGCCAGGAAUGCUUUGCUUGUGCUCCAACUGGAUCAGGAAAGACCUUGGCCUUUGUGUGUCCCAUGCUUAUGAAACUCAAGCACCCCUCAGCAGAUGGCGUUAGAGCAGUUAUCCUAUGCCCCACAAGAGAACUAGCUACUCAGACAACCAGAGAAUGCAAAAGGGUUGCUAAAGGAAAGAAAUUUCGUAUCACUUUAAUGACCAGAGAGCUUUUAAGAAAGGCUGAUUUUUCAAAACUUCCAUGUGAUAUAAUCAUUUCUACACCACAACGGUUGCGGUUGGCUAUUCGGAAAAAGAAGAUUGAUCUAAGCAGGGUCGAGUAUCUUGUUCUGGAUGAGUCGGACAAGCUAUUUGAAAUUGACAUGUUAAAAAAGAUUGAUUCUAUUGUUAAAGCAUGCACUAACCCUUCAAUAGUACGCUCUUUGUUCAGUGCUACUUUACCAGAUUUUGUUGAGGAGCUUGCUCGAACUAUUAUGCAUGAUGCUGUUCGAGUUAUUAUUGGACGAAAGAACGCUGCUUCUGACACGAUCAAGCAGCGGUUAAUUUUUGCUGGAAGUGAAGAAGGGAAACUUAUUUCUCUUCGCCAAAGCUUUGCUGAGAGUUUGAAUCCACCAGUGCUAAUUUUUCUUCAAAACAAAGUGCGGGCGAAAGAACUGUAUGAGGAGCUAAAAUUUGACGACAUUAGAGUUGAUGUCAUCCAUUCUGAUUUGUCCCAAGCACAGCGAGAAGAUUCUGUUGACAACUUUAGAGCUGGAAAAACAUGGGUUUUGAUUGCGACAGAUGUUAUUGCUCGUGGUAUGGAUUUCAAAGGUGUCAAUUGUGUGAUCAACUAUGAUUUUCCAGAUUCUUCCUUGACUUACAUUCACAGAAUUGGCCGGACUGGCAGAGCAGGAAGGGGUGGAGAGGCCAUCACAUUCUACACAAAAAAAGAUAUCCCCCUUUUGCGUAACAUAGCUAAUGUCAUGGUAGCUUCAGGCUGUGAGGUUCCAUCGUGGAUCCUGGUGUUGCGCAAACAGAAGUGGAAGAAGCACCUGCCACGAAGAGAUUCAAUUUCAAUCAGGCCACAAGAUGAGGAAUGAAUAGAAGUUUUAGAUUGCAAUCCUUAACUUUUUGUAAGUGGAUAAUUCUAGAAAUAGUGUCUGCAUUUCUGUCAGAAAUUGAUUUCCUGUAACAGGGAAAAAUAGUCAUGGUUUAUAUUUAUUCAAGAGUUCAAAGAACAUAUUGGGAUGAUGUUCUAGUAA